AUGAAUUUUACUCUAUUAGUAGCAGCUGUCAUACCAGAAUUACGACCAAAAGGUAUGGGUCUUGGAGCAGACAAAGUAGCAUUACAGAAGAAAAAUACAGAUUCCAAAAAAGAAGAGGAAGAAGUUAAAAUCGAGAAAGGAACAUUUGUGAAAAUUAUAGCUGGAAAACAAAUUAAUAAUUAUGGUCAAAUAGAAGGAUUCGAUGAUGAUGCAGGAAGGCUCAUAAUAAAACUAGCUCUUGGUGGAAAUAUAAUAUCUGUAAAUGAAUUUAUGGUACAGCCAGUGAUUAAAUCAGAAUAUUCUAAGAACUCAAAAGUUCAAAAUACAAAAAAGUAUGAGGAAUAUAAGGACAAGGAAUCCAAGGGACUCAAGCAAAAGAUGGAUAGAAAAAGAUCAAUGUCUCCUGACCCCGAAGACAGUGAAGAUGGUGACAAAAGUAGCAAUAAAAGAAAGAAAAUCGGAAGUACGAUGCAUAAUAAGAACAAGUAUGAUAAAGUGGGGGAUAAAAAAUCAGAAAGGCGAAAAAGGCGCUCCGAAUCUAAUGAUGAUAGCGAUAGUGAUUCUGAAAAGAAGAGACGGAGAGAAAGAAGUAACUCUAAUAGUAAUGAUUCUUAUAAAUUAAAAGGAUUGAAGAAGUCAAAGAAACAUAAGAAGCACGAUUGCUCAUCUGAAAGAUCAAGUAAGAAACAUAAAAAGAAAGACAAAGAAAGAGAAAAAGUUAGAGAUAAGAAACCCAGAGAUUAUGCAGACAGAAAGAAACACGAAAGACGAGAAAGAUCAAGAUCUCGAUCAUUUAGUAGGCAGUAAUAUUUUCCAGGAACGUAUUCGGUCAUUUUACUUUCAAGAUAAAUUGUACAAUUUUAUUUAUACAGAUUUUAUAAUAAAGUGUAUUUUUACAAAA